UAUCUAGAAGAAUGGAGGUUAUUAUAAGAGCAAGGAGGGGAGUAAAUCUGAACGGACAUAUGAGUGUGAUGAUCGGGUGUGCACAAACUUUUGGACAUCUAGCCCGCGUCAAAACAGCAUGGCUGUGCUGUGGUAUGGUAUGGUGUAGUGUGGUGGUACACUAUUGGGUAGGGUAGAGUGCGGUUUGGGAUGUGGCCAAUUUCACAACGCGUAUUUCCGGUUUGAAGAAAAACAAAAAAAAAGAAGAAAAGAGAGAGAGAGAGAGAGAGAGAGAGAGAGAGAGAAAAAAGUAAGUGCACGCGCGCGGGCGCGCCCUCUAGCGGCCCAUGUGCGUGCGCACGCUUGUAAUGUGGCGGCGGCGGCGCGUGAGGCAUGUCUUCUCCCGCCUCUGCGUGCGCUGUUUGGCCAAAGCAGUGGAGUGGAGAGGAGAAGACAUGAACCGGCCGCCAUCUUCCGCGCGCUUCUCCCUCUAACGAUGAUUCAAAACUAUUCCGAAAUCGGUGAUCUUCAGCACAGCAAUCCUGUCGAUAAGGGCGCGUAGUGACGGAUCUCACACCCCGAGGCGCAGAACGGUGCUUCUCCGUCGUAUGGAAAUUCGCAUUUUGUUGUUGUUCGCGUGUAAAGACGCCGAGCGGACGCCGAGCUCGCAGCCUCGUCAGCUUCGCCCAUUUCGUGAUCACGGAACCAGACCGAAAGGGCGCGUGAAUGAACGCGGGUUUUUACACAGAAGCGGAUUUUACACGCAGCAGGACAUGCUCCAGAAACCUGCUUGUUUUGGCCUAGCGUUGAUUUCUUUAUUAUUAUUAUUAUUAUUGUUGUUAUUGUCAUUUCCCCUCGUUUAAAGUGCGCGUUUUAAACUGAAACGAGUGCGGAAUCGCUGCCGAAAUUCCCUCGCGCCCGUCACGUGGCUCUAUAGGUGGGCUGGCGUUGACGAGUGCAGAAGCAGGCUGCUGUGCCCUUACUGCGGCCCUGCAUGGCUGCGAUGGCGCCCGCUCUGACCGACGCCCCGGCCGAAGCCCGCCAUAUCCGCCUCAAACUGGCUGCAGAGAGCAACGGAAACUCCACCAACCUUCUCCUGUCUUCAUCGAUCUCCCCAUCUGAUACAGCGGGAACUAACGGCAAACGUCACCACGAGGACGGCUGUCGUCGCUGCUGCAACGGCAAGGAGUCACUGUCUGAGCCACUGAGUCUGGGCAAGUUGCAGCCACUGGUGGCCUCCUAUUUGUGUUCGCAUGUUGGUCCAGUAGCUGAAGAGGGUGUCCUGAUCAAGCCAUCGGUGCUCAAGAGCCGUGGCCUGCUGAACGGAGAUCUGCUUCUACGUACUGCACUGAGUGGCGGCCAGCCAAAGAGUCUCGUCAACGGAGGAGGAGCAGGAACGGGGGCAGGAAGAGGAAGCGCGAUGGUCCCAGUCAACGGACUGGCCAAGAAAGCUGCUGUGCCCAGCACCGCACUGCCUGAGAAGGGCAGUGUGGCCCCGUUGAACGGAGACAAUGCUAAACCUCCUACUUGUGCUGGAGCUUUGUUACCUCAAUCGUCCAAGUCUGGAGAAGUGAUACCAGCUGUAUCUGUACCGAGGGCAGAUUCCAAGCACCCGAGAGAGCUGGGUGAUUUGCAUAGCAGGGCGCCAGAAGAUACAGGUGUCAAUGGCUCACAAGAGAAUCCACAGUUCAAAUCUGAAGCGCCCCCUAGUGACUGGCCGCACGCUUGCCGGGCUGGAGCUCUUCCUGGGACAAAUAGUAAAAAUGUCCCACUUGAUGCCCCUCAGAGCUCAACCUUGUGCCAACAUGGCUCUUCUCCAUCCUCCCCUUCCCCUUCUUCUGGUGUAGAGGCGCUAAUCCUUCGCGAGCGAGCGCAGCAGAGCCAGCGCAGGCAGGCUGACAUCUCAACACGGAUGCAGCGCCUAUGCAAGAGGCUUCAGGUGGUUCAGGCCAAGCAGGUUGAGCGUCAUGUCAAACAGCAGCUCACGGGCUUUUUGCGCCACACCUCCGCCUCCAUACAGGACUCCGUGGCAGAGCUCCUGAAAGACGGCUCCUUCUCCUCGGAGCUGGAGAAACUGCACCUAAGUGGCACCACCAGCUUGCAUGUGGCGGAGGCGCAGUUUGACUCUGAUGCCACCGAGAGCAGCUCCGGUGGUGAAAGUGACAUGGAGGAAGAGGAACUUGCCAGAGUGGAUACUGAGCAGCGGCAUGUCAAACUGUGGAGAAGAGCGGAAGGCCGCUUCGCACUAGAAAGGGCCUCAAUCAUAAGCCGUUGGACGUGGCUGCAGGCGCACAUCUCGGACCUGGAGUACCGCAUCCGCCAGCACACGGAUAUCUGCCGGCAAAUCCGCGCCAACAAGGGAUCAGUGGAGCUGGGAGAUUCCUCCCAAUCAUACCAAACCAAGACAGAAAAGGUGAAGCCCCAGCAUGCUACAGUGGACCUCAGCCAAACCAGCAGAUUUCAGAGUGACAGAUCUAUGAAUGAAUUCUUCCACAGCUCGGCUGAUGUAUCAGAUGCUAAGCAUUAUCCGUCACCGGAGAGUGGCUAUUCAGCUGCACGCGUUCGACCUCUGAUCAGCUGUAAAAGACGACGCCUCAUCCAACCCGGCAUGCUUCAGAACCUCAACAGGAAGGUACAGAGAGUGUGUUCCCCAACAAGACCGUGUGACGUGAACAGUGCGUGUGUGAUGUGUGGGGGCAGUCAGCUCCACCCUAAAGCAGAGCGACAGUUCGAGUGCCCUCUGGUGGAGGCUGUGGCCCUUCAGGACCCCAGCGUCCAUCCUACACUGUCCCUGCAGUCAGACAUGCAUCUCAGUAUACAGCUUCAAAGAGUGCUGAAGUCUCACUGGCAGAGCCGGCACAUGGAGAAAGUCAAGCCUCUGAAAAAGAUGUCGCUCAAACACAAGCUCUCGCACUACUCCUCCUCCUCCUCAUCUGCACUAUCCAAGCACAAGUUUAGGCUUUCCAACUCGCCCAUGGCUGCCAUCAGGUUCGCCAGCAAUAAGAGCCGAACAGAGAGGGCACGAAAACAGGGUGAGGCUGGCAUCCGCUUGACCAAGGUUGACGCACACACCCCCUGCAGGACGGGGCGGCUUCUGGACAGGAGCCUCAACCGGAAGAGGGCCAGGGAGAACUCGCUGGACCGAACAGAGUCCCCAAAGCUGCAGUUUGAUACAGGAAGCCCUUAUCCGCCCGUAUCUCAGUCAAGCAUCCAGCCAUCCACCCCCAGCACCGUGAGCAGACAGAUGUGUCUGCCCAGUGACAGCUCCACACCUCUGGGCCCCAGCAUUCAGACUGGCUCCUGCUCUAUGCCAAUUAGAAAGCGGAGAAGUGAAAACUCAUUUGAUAUCAACAACAUAGUCAUCCCCAUGUCCGUGGCUGCCACUACCAGAGUGGAGAAGCUUCAGUACAAGGAGAUCAUCACACCAAGCUGGAGGGAGGUGGACGUGUUUUCUCAACCCCUCGCCGAGGAAGACGAGAAUGUAGAGGUGGAGGACUUGUCUGACGCUGCGUUUAUGCAGCUCCAUCAGAAGUGUGAGGACCAGGAGCGCAGCCGCUGGAGAUGGACCGCCCUCACUCCAGCCAAGAGGAGAGGCAGCAGGUCGUACAAGUCUCUGGACGGUCGGACAACUCCGUCUCUGAGUGGAACGAACCCGUCCACUCCACAACCGUCGUCUCCAGACACUGGACACUUCCACCUGCUGCAGGACUACGGGCCUGUUCCAUCACCCCUCAGCCCUCCCAGCCCUGAUACACCCUGCUCUCGUGAUGCACACACACCCUCAUCAAGGGACUCAUACACACCUCACAUGAGAGACACGCACCGGGCGGUGUACAGCGAAGACACGCGUUGUUCGACACCAGACUGCACCUAUGAGGAGAGAACGGUGCAGCCAUGGGAGCGCAGGAGCUUCCCCCUCUCUGACGACCCAGUGAUGGAACCCAAAGUGGACCCGCGACCACAUCAGAGAUUCAGCUGCGGGGCCGAAUCAGAGAGCGAAACUUCAUCAGCCUAACAACAGUCUCCAGCACACAGCCCCACCCAAACUGCGGGGGGGCCCAUAAAACCACACCCCUUCUGGCAUUAACCGAAACGAAAAAAAGAACUCGUAUUAAAACAAAACAAAAAAAAAAACAAUAAAUAAAUAUAUUAAAGAACUUCUGUUGUUUGAUAUUCAAACAUCAGCCAAAUAUUUUCACAGUUUUUAGUGAAUAUUAAGGAACGUAGAAACUUAAACCUGUCUCAUGAAGCUCUUUUCUCACAGAAAAACUUUAAAUGUAUUAAAAAAAAAAAACAAACAAAACAAACAAAAAAAAAAACAUUAAUCUUCUGAUAGUCAGCUAAACUAUGUUCUUGGUGUGGUAUUCUAACCUGUCAGGUGAACACUUUGUAGCGCACUAUGUAGCAGACAUCUCGAAGGGGGCUUGACCAAAGGGUGUUUCCCUGCUGACUAGUUUGUGUAUGCUUGUUAUGUGGAGUGAUGACCAAAACCAGACAAAAUAGGUUUUUCUCAUUAAUCUUUACUAAUAGACACAUCAAAUGUAUCUUCCUCAAUAGAGUACACAUCGUCAACUAGAAGCACUUCGUAGGACGUCUCUAUGUAUCACACAAUUCCCAUCCCUGUUGCACUCACGACUCCGGUUUCACUCCAACAUGCUCUUGUACACUGAUCUGUCCCCAGUCUGAGCUCAUUUAUGUCUGGCAAGUCACCAAUUAUACGUUAAAACCAUACAUUCUUCCUCUGUAAAUGGAAGUCUUUGAUACAUCAUGUAGAGUAUUUACAGCUGGGCUUUUUAAUGAUACUUCAGUCCAGGAUGUGAAAAGAUUAUUUAAGCAGAAUUUCAAUAUCAACUGUGUGUCUUCACCUUUUUGUUUUUUCUUUUUUCAAAUUUUUUUUAAAAUAUUUGCUCAAAAUCA